AUGGCGAGGGACUUCAGACCAAAAGGCGCAAGGCCAUCCACAGCGCCUGCAGACACAGCCUCGGCCAAGUCGACUCGUGUCAACAAACAGGCCAUCAGCUCGCCCGCCCCUGUCAAACCACGCCCCGCCCAAACCCCUUCGGCCACCUCGAACAAGAAAAAAUCAGAUGCAUACGACUCGGAGGACAGCGCAGAUGAGGCCACUCUGAUGCGCGAGAUUGAGAGCUUCGGCGGCUCUAGAGACGAUCUCAAACUCAUCUCCAAGGCCAACGGAAAGAAAAAACCCGACGUCUCGAUCGACGAGGCCGCUUUCUCCGGCGAGGUCGCUGCUUUCCUCAAGCAACUCCAGUCAGAUCCUCACACGUCUGAGCCAGCUGCUCCUUCCGCAUCUAUCAACAACGACAGGCGAUCCAAGACCGAGGCAGAAGCACACAAAAAGGCUGCGACUACUCAAAAGCAGAAUUCUCAAGCUGCCAAGUCCAAGGAAAAGCCUACGCAAAAGGAGAAAGCCAACAAGCAAGGAGAACAAAAGACACCAAAACCACCAAAGCAGUCUGCAACACAAACCAACGUUAUCGAAAGUACAACAGUCCAGCGAAUGGGCAAGGGAAAGAAGAUGGUCUUUGACGACCAUGGUGUUGGCAAGGAGACCAAUGUCAAACCUUCGCUCACUGCCAUCGGCCCGUUGCGAUUGCAGGCUGUGCCCCAAUGGAUGUCGCAGACUCUGCCAAAGCUUGCUCCGACCAACUCGAACAACGCCUCCCUCUCACACGAGCGCAUCACGCAGCUUCUCGACAUGGGUGUCGACCUCCUCCACCAGGAGAGUCGUGCGUACGACGACAUCACCAGCAGCGAGACGUCGAUCAACAAAGCGGGUGGUAGCAUUGGCACGCUCACCGCCUCAGACGCGCAAUUCGUGCGCUCGCUGCUCUCUUCUGAGGGAGGUGGUACGCUGUCGGACAGAAUUUCGGCCUUGACACUUUUGGUGCAGAGCAGCCCUGUCCACAACGUCAAGCAUAUGGACAACUUGCUCACGAUGACGCGCAAAAAGAGUCGCGAGGAAGCCAGCCGAGCAACUCGCGCUCUCGCCGACUGGCUUGCCAGCGAAGGCGGUCUUGGCUCGAGAAAGCUGCGCUACUUUCGCGAUCAGCCUCAGCUCGCUGCCGCUUCAGCUGCUAUCACUUCGGGCGAUCUGGUGGCAGCUGAGGCGGCCAAGUCUCACUUGCUGUUGUGGGCGUUUGAGGAUCAUCUCAAGAAAUUCUACUUCCAAUUCCUUCAAGUGCUCGAAGUGCAGUCACACGACACGAUCGCCUUCACGCGCAAGCAGGCGACUACGCAGACAUUUAUCCUCCUGCGUGACAAGCCGGAACAGGAACAGAACUUGCUCCGUCUUCUCGUCAACAAGCUGGGUGAUCCUGACCGCAGCGUCGCCGCCAAGACCAGCAACCACAUCCUCGAACUGCUCACUGCUCACCCUGCGAUGAAGUUGAUCGUCGUUCGUGAAAUCGCCAACCUGAUCAUGCGACCAACGUCUGUGCCGAAUGCUGGCGACCAUGAGUCCGACAGGACGUCUAACCACAGCACCCAUGCGCGCUACUACGGCCUUCUCACGCUCAAUCAGACCGUGCUGACCGUCAAGGACGAAGCCACUGCCAACCAUCUUAUCUUGCUCUACUUUGAGCUCUUCGAGGCGAUUCUCAAGCAGAACGAGAUCAACGAGGCUAACGGCGUCGUCCAAGGCCAAGACGCCGACGAAACGCCCAAGAAGAAGGAUAAGAAGCGCUGGAAGGACCAGCCACGCACGGGCAAGCGCAAGGGAAAGGGCAAGCAGGCUGCUUCGGCCAAGCCAGAAGAGCCAAAGCUGGUCAAGGAUGCCGAGUCCAAGAUGGUCGUUGCGAUUCUCACCGGCGUUCGGCGAGCGUUUCCAUUUGCAAAAAUGCAAGCUUCCGUGUUCGAAAAGCACGUCAACACGUUGUUCAAGAUGCUGCACUCUGGCUCUUUCAACAUCAGCAUCCAGGCGCUUCAGCUGAUUUUCCAGCUCACCAUCUCGAAUCCACACCACGAGUCGUCCACGGUGCUCACAUCGGCAGCCAUCACGGACCGCUUCUACCGCGUGCUGUACGACUCAUUGCUGGAUCCGCGUUUGGAGGCGUCGAGCAAACAGGCCAUGUAUCUCAACCUCAUCUUCCAGGCACUCAAGGCGGAUCAGGAGCAGGAGCGCGUCAAGGCAUUUAUCAAGCGUAUCUGUCAGAUACUGACAUUGCACCAAGCUUCGUUUAUCUGUGGAUGUCUGCAUCUAUUGGGUGAGCUGUUCAAACGUACACCGGGAUUGCGCGCCAUGAUCACCGAGCGCGAGGAGGACGACGAGGAGCACUUCCACGACGUUGUCUCUAGCGAUGACGAGGACGAGCGGGUUGCAAGCAAGCAAGCUGGUAUCGCUGCGAUCACAGUUGGCAAGCAUGCAUCUACCAAGUACGAUGGUAGAAAACGAGAGCCUCGGUUUGCACAUGCAGGCACUACCUGUCUUUGGGACGUGCUUCCACUGAUCUCGCACUUCCACCCUUCGGUUUGUGUGCACGCGCUGCAGCUGUUGCAAGGUGGCAAGAUCACCACCAAUGCCGAUCUGAGUCUCAACACGCUCUCCCACUUUUUGGAUCGGUUUGUGUAUCGCAAUCCGAAACAGAAGUCGUCGUUGCGCGGAGCGAGUGCGAUGCAGCCCAUGGCGCACGUUGGCAGCGGUGUUACGCGAUCGCGCACGCACGCGCUCAACGAGAAUGAAUAUUUCAACACACAAGCCUUCUGGAACAAGCGCGCCGACACGAUCCCCGCCGACCAGCUGUUCUUCCACAAGUUUUUCAACCUGAAAUCGAAGCAGCCCUCGUCGAGUCGCGUGCAGACCGCACAUGAUCAAGACGACGAGCGAGACAUACUGACAGCAUCCGAUAACGACCAAGCACGAGUGGCCAAGCAUGACAGCAUGCACCAAGAUGACCAGAGCGAUUCGAGCCUAGACAGCGACGACGAUGCGGACGAGAAAGAAAUCUGGAAGGUGAUCAAGGCGACUAUGCCGGGCAAGGAGGAGCUCGAGCGUCUAAAUGACAGCGAUGACGACGAUGACGACGAGUUCGACUAUAUCGACAGCGACGAUCAGCCAGAUGCUGCCGACGACGAGAACCGGGACGAACAACAAGCUAGCGAUCAUGAUGGACCCGACGUGAUUGCUGGUAUGACGUUGUCCGAUGACGACGACUCUGUGCCAGGUGCUGACGAAAAUGCAGUCACCGAUGACUGGCGAGACGACGAAUCGGACAGCAACGUGUUCGACGAGGAUGAUGACGACCUUUUGCCGUUUGCCGACUUGAGCUCGAAGAAGCGCAGUGCAGUUUCCUCGGACUCGGACUCGGACUUGGAGUUGGACACUCGAGAUGCAAAGUCACGACAAAAGACCAAGGACAAGAAGAAGAGGAAAAAGACGAUGCAGAGCCUUCCGACGUUCGCCAGCGCCGAAGACUACGCUCACCUGCUCGGCGAUGAUGACGAAGAAAACAUGUAG